ACGCAAGAUGGCCGCCAAUUUAUGUGAACGCAAGGACAAGUUGAAAAGUGAUAUCCGUUAUUUGUAGUGAUACUUCGUUUAUAAUUGUGAUAAUAACUUUAUAAAUGUUACCCUGUGCUCGUGUAUGUGCUUUACAAAUGUUUUCGUGCAAUUUGUUAUGAGUUAUCCAUGGUUAUAACGUCUUAUGUGCAAUACUUCGUUGGAAUAAAAAAAUGUUCAGUGUUGAAAAGUGAUUAUUUAUGCAGUGAUAGUCGUUUUUGGAUCGCAAUGAUGGCUGUUAUUGGAUGAUACUGGUGUUUUCUGUCCGGGCGGGAUGGAGAAGGCGAAGGCCUAUAUAAAGAGCUCGCUGGGCGCGUCGCGGCCCGCGUCGCCGCGCGACAAGCCUGUCGCGGAUGCGCGGAUAUGCUUCGUCUGCGGCGGCACGGGCUUCAGCGACUACUACACCGUGCGGCACAAGCCCGACCCUCAGAGCUCCGAGCCAUACUUCCCGUUCCUGGGUGCGCACGCGCCGCCGAGCGGGUACCGGAACGACGGCGAGGAGGACGGCACCGUCCGCUGCUGCUGCGUGUGCUACACCUUCCUGCGCCAGCAGUGGGAGCAGUACGACCGCGAGAACAAGCCGCACAGCCAACGCUUCUACUGGAUGAAGCGGCUCGAUGGCAAGCCUUUCAUUGGUGCCGACAUGUCGUUUCAGGGAGAGUACGCGGCGCAAGUCCUAGGGCUGUCGGGCGAAGGCCGGGAGGGCUCGCCGCGGCCCGAGCCCACGCCCCGCGCGCCCCCCGCCGACGUCCCACACCCCGCCCCGCCCAACAAGGACAAUCAUCAAGCCAAGUUCAAUAAUGUUAAUAAUCAGCGGUUUCCAGCGAACGAGGAGGAGGGCGUGUUAGACCUCCGCGCGAGAGAUCCCUCCGUCAUCUCCGUGGGCUCACAACAUUCCGGCACGUCGGAACCCGCGGGGUACCUCGACACGAGAUGUGUUCGGUCAACAGUGUCAGUGUACUCGGGCAACUCGAACUCGUCGUCGGACCGCGACAUCCUGGACCUGUCCAUGCCAGACAAGAACUCGAUGACGGAGGUGUGCUACGUGUGCGGCGACGAGUACAAGCGCGGCACGCUGCUCAACCUGCACACCAAGGAGCCCAAGGACAAGAGUAAUAAGCAAGCGUACUUCCCGAUCUUCGACGAGCAGCACCCGCGGCCGCCGCGCUCGCGACCCAAGGACGCGCAGGGCACCGUACGAGCCUGCACCGCCUGCCACCAUCACCUACUACAGCAGUGGAAUACCUACCAGAUGCGCGGCGUGGCGGCGAACGAGCGCGUUUACACUCUGCGCACGCGGCCGCCGCCUCUACUACCACCGUCGCCACUAUCCCUCGCAUCUUCCGGAGACAAGUCCCUCGCGGCGCACACGCACUCCCCUUCUCUAGAGCGACCAGCGAGUCAACCACCGGCUACAGCCAGCUUCGUCUGCUACGUGUGCGGUGUCAGCGCGCCUUCUUCUCAACUAAGGCUAGUGUAUUGCUGCGCCAAUCCCGAGAGAGAGCCUUACUACCCCUUCAUCACCACGCUGAAGAAACAUCCUGACGCCAGCCCUAUUAGUCCACAAGGUAUGGUGCAGAUAUGCUCGGCGUGCUACAAGAGCAUCCCGCACAAGUACCCCUCGUACGAAGACGGGGCGGAGCCCCACGCCGCGCACAACUCCUCUCAUACCAAUAAUAUCAGAUUUAAACCUUACGACAUAAAAUCUAGUUCAAGCCAAUCAAACAAACGGUCGUCGAACGCGUUAUCAAGUAGUCCACAGAACCAAAUAGUCUCCGGUGAAAAUGGAAUGGGAUUGUAUAGGUGCUACGUGUGCUGCGGGUUGUUCUCGCAGCAGGCCAUGGAGUGGCUGUCGACGAGCGCGGAGUACAUGAACUCGCACGCGAUGCACUUCCCGUGCCUGGCGGGCGGCGGCGCCCGCGGCGGCCGCGUGCUGGCGUGCAGCCGCUGCGUGCGCCACCUGGCGCGCCAGUGGGACCUGCUGGACGCCGAGCGCGUGCCGCUGGAGCACCGCAGGUACAACGUGCCGUCCCCGCUACCGGCGGGCGGCGCGGCCAACGGCGAGCGCGUGAUCCCCACGCCGCCCUCCACCACCUCCGACCGCACCGUCGCCAGCAAUAGCGCGUGUACAUCAAUAUACUGUUUCCUGUGCGGGCUCCACUCGGACCUCACGCUGGCGAGAAUACUGUACGGGCAGCCGCAGGGGAACGCACCAUACUUCCCCUGUUUGCUCACACACCAGAGUCAUCCAAACGCGGAGCAGUUACGAGACAACGGCUCGGCCCUAGUCUGCACAUUCUGUUACCAUUCGCUGCUCAGUCAGUGGAGAAGAUACGAAGCCCUAGGCGGGUGUCCAGCGGAGCGGCGCAUGUACAACACGCACGACUACCACUGCCACCUGUGCGGCAUCAAGACGUACCGCAAGCGGGUGCGCGCGCUGCCCAUUAAGGAAUUCCCGUUCUUAAUGCAAAGGCGGAACGAAAACUCGUUACUAUUAGAAAAUGGCGACUACGCCGUAGUAUGUUUAGACUGUUAUGAAAGUUUAAGAACGCAGGCGCAGGACUACGAGCGGCGCGGCGUGCCGGUGGAGAAGCGCGAGUACAACUGGCUGCAGCAGCCGCCGCCGCCCGAGGACAGCGCCGACGUCACCAUCGCGCGGCUGCCCUCCGGGGACCGCUCCGACAAACUGAUCCCGCAGUCGCUGGUGCUGCCGCGCGGCUCGUCCAAGCGCAACAGCCCGAAGGCGUCCGCGCACCCUGACCGCCGCCUGCCGCCCGCCAAGGUCGACAAGCCAGAUCAAGGGGUUAGCGCGAACAAGCUAAGCUCGGGCAAGCGCGAGCUAACUCCGAACAAGGGCGGGCCGUUCGCGGCGGCGCUGCGCUCACUCGCCAAGAACGCGGGCCCCGACAGCAAGGACGGUUCUGCGCCUGCGCCGGAGCGCGACAAGGAGAAGACUGCGCCUACGCCCGCCAAGCGAGCCUCGCCGCACCACCUGCCCGCCAGCGGCUUCCAACCCUACCGGCCCGAUGACCGGUUAUCCCACCCGGCGGCCGCGUCGUUCCCCCUGCUGGAGCCCGCGGCGUACUCGCCGUACGCGCAUCCAGGACUGUACUCCAGCGCCGCAUUGCAGUACAGGUUAGCAGCAGAGGAGCAACUCUACCUAGAACGAGUGUUCCGAAGUGGCGUAGGCGUGGGCUGGCUGCCUCCCUACGCGUUAUACCCCCCCCUGGCGCCGCCCCUGCCGCUGGUGCACCCCGGCCACCCCGCGCACGCCGCCCACGCUGCGCACGCCCCGCAUGCACACGCCCACGCCGCGCAUAACGCCCACGCGGCGCAUAACGCCCACGCCGCACAUGCGCUGCACGAUGAAAGGGAGAAGGAGAUUGCGCUGCAGCGGGAGCGGGAGAGAGAGAGAGAACGAGAGAGGGAGCGCGAGCGGGAGAGGUACGGGUUUAUGGAGAGGGAGAGGGAGCGCGAGCAGCGCGAGAAAGAGCAGCGCGAGCGCGAGCGCGCGGCGCGCGAGAAGGAGAGCCGCGCGCGCGAGGCGCUGCGGGACGAGCAGCGCGCGCUGGCCGCCGCGCUGCUGCCGCCGCACCUGCUGCCGCCCUACGCGCUGCCGCGCCCGCUGCUGCCGCCGCCGCUGCUGUACCGCCCCUACCGGCCCUACUACGAGCCGCGCGGCCCGCCGCCCGACGCGGCGCUGCCGCCGCCCAGCCAGCCGCGCCCCGCCACGCCGCCCCCCGCGCCCGCGCCCCCCGCCGCCGCCCCGCCGCCCGAGCCGGCCGCGCCGGCCGCGCCCGCGUCGCCGCCGCCUUUAUUCGAUAAACCAGCUUUUUUACCACCCAAACCUAUACCCCAUUCGCCGAUGAUUUCUCCUUCUUCAAUCCCCAAUCCCAGCCCAAGCGUCACGGCUAAUAACAUGGAUCCAGGGUAUCCUAAUUUUGGGGGAUAUCUGUACAAUAUCCCAGGGUAUUCUGCAUUCCAGCCUGUCUCUUACCCCAGUAUGCUUCCACCACAACCGCCAAUAUCCCAAGCAGAAACCCCAACCGCCGACUUCGUACCAUUCCCCUCAAUUUCUAAAGAGAACUCAAAAGACAAAACUAUUGAUACUAAAACUAACGAAACUCAAGCACCUAAAGUUGAUACACAAAAAGCACAAACAGAUUUUGAAGAUCAGUUCACUCCUGAAAUCAUACCCGCCUCUGUACCUGAAAGUAAUAAAGGUCUUAGCGAAUCGAAAAUGAGUAUAACAUCUCUGGCACAAGGAUCAGGUGCGACUGUGACCAUUCCAGCACAAGUGACCAUUCCGGCACAAGUGACCAUUCCAGCACAAGUGACCAAUCCAGCACAAGUGACCAUUCCAACACAAAUAAGUAAAGAUUGCAAUAAAAAGAAACAGCCUGAGCGAUUUAGUCUGAAAACCAGUAUACCUAUUAGUAAAAUCGACAUGAAAUGUGUUAGCAACCCACCUGACACAAUUGUGACCACGCCUGCAACGAAAAAACCAGCCACAUUCAACCCAGCAUUUCAAACCACAAAAUCUGAAAAUGUAUCAAAAGUCGAAAUACAAAGCAAUAUUAUAAUUAAAAGCGCAAAUAAAGAACCUGAAAUAGAAAAACAGAUGACGACUUCAGCAAGUAAUAUCAACACUUUGAUCAAUGCCGCAGAAGCUGUGAACAAAAACGAUGCACAAUUUCGAAAACCUGAACCAAAAAUAGAUGUAAUAAAUGAAAUAAAAGACCCACCGCCUGGUUACCCACCUUCCACUACAAGCGCAACCAGACCUGUAUUUAAUCCAGCCAAUAUGGAAACUAGUAAAGGACAUUACCCACCAAAACCGUCAGACGGUAAUUUAAAUGACCAGAAGAACCAAAUACUGUUCAUACAGAAUAAUAAAAAUCAGAAUCCAAAGAUGCUGUUAACAAUACAACAGCAGAACCCACAAGUAUUGUUACAAAGAACGAACUUCGAGUCAAAAAACGCGCAAGUUCCUUCACGACUAUCAAGCCAAAGUAAGAAAAGCAAAGAUGAUAUCAUCGAGAAUGGCACCUCAUCCAAGGUGGUAGCUUUGAAGCGGCUCCAUCAGGAGAACUGUGAUGAGAAUGAUUUCGAAAAUUUGAUUACUGAAAAUCAAAUUUACGGUAACAAGAUAGUCGUGAAGGAGAAAUCGCAAGGAACUCUACAAGAACAAGAUUUGAAGAACAAGAAAGUUGAUAAGUCGACUCAAGAUGGUAAUGGUAAAAAUGUUGUUCUACAACCAAAUUUUUUAUACUUGAGCAACGUGCAGUUUCCAGGCAAUUUAACGAUUUUUAAAAAUGGUACCAAAAUAAGUCAAGGUACAGAACCUAAUAAAGGAAACAAAAUAACUUCUAAUGAAAACAAACUUACGAAUGAAGCCAGCACAAUGACGAACAACAAUGACAUCAAUAGUAUAAAAAACGCCAAACCACAAAGUUUAAGCAGCAAAGAAAUUCACGUAUUGAAAUCGAGCAAUAACGUAUUACAAACAUUAUCAAACAAAAACAGUAAAACCGACUUGGUGUUUCAAUCUCCGCAUCAAAAGGUUUUGAUGAAUCCUCAAAUAGUGUAUCAAGUACCUAUGAUAGUCGACGCUGACAAUAAGUUGAACCAACCUUAUAUGAACAGAGACUAUCCCAAAUUUAUAGGACAAAAUAAAAAGGAAUACCCAAAACAGUUUGACCAAAAACCCAAUGACAAACUCUACAUAGCAUGCCCUUACCAAAUGGAUUCGAAGCUACAGCCUAAAAUCGUAAUAACAAACAUUCGACCAAAGAUAACAAAAUUAGACGAAGUAAGUUCCUUAGACAUUUACGAAAAACGGAAAAGAUUGCGCAGGUUAAAAUAUUUAUCUAACCGAGAUACAAAAGACAAUCAAAAAGUAGAUGUAAGGAAAGUGCCAGAUAAAAUAGAUAGUUCGAGGAAUAUUAUAACACCUGAUAAAAUGAAAGAAGAGAUUUGUAAAGAGUUUUCAAACACCAAGAUGCAUGUAGACGAAGGUAGCAGCGAGAGUGAGAGUGACUAUGAUGAAGAAGAACUUAAAGAAUAUGAAUCUAUAAUCAAAGAAUACGGAGAAACUAAGGAGAACAACAGCGGGCAAGCGGAGUUUUUAGCAAAUUUCUAUCUGGGAACACGAGAGGUUUACAAAGACAAGGAAAUGGACCGCCGGGAGAGGGUACUGAGGAAGGACUCUAUAGCAUCGGCAUAUAUAGCUGCAGGGCGUCUGGAUCGCUUGACCAACGAGGAUACUACGGCGCCUCCACCCCUGAGGACUGAGAGGAAGCGACUCAAGCUGAACAGCGGAGAAGAGGACACAGUGGUCCUGCAGAGGAAGCAAAUGUUCCUGAGUCAGUUGAGUCUCAACAAAGUCGCGCCGAAUUAUAAAGAAGACUAUGAAAAAACAUGGCAAGAAAUCCUGAAAGAGAGAGACCGCCGAGACGGCGUAACGGAAUCCAAACCAAAUGUAAAAUCAAAAAAAGUAACACAAAAUCUAGAAUUCGACCCGAACAGUCAACUGCAAUUACUGACUGAAAUAAAGAAAUCCGUCAACGAAAACAACAACCUCAUUAAGAAGAAAAUUGAUUCUUUAGACAACGAAAACGCCGUUGAAGGCGACACCAUACAUACUUUAGCCGAAAAGAAUUUCUCUGAACUAAAUCGCUUAUCCAAAAUGGCCGACCGGAGCGUCAAACUCAUCACAGGACAAGACGCGAGAAAACGAGACUUAAAUCCUGGUUUCGACAGCGAGAACAUCCCUAAAGUGAGAGUGGAGCAGCCGUUUCAGAAUUACUCUCAUAUAAAUAUACCGAAUAUUUCUAAGAUUAUAUCGUUGAAGAGUCAGAACGGCGGGGUGUCUGCGGCUGCGACGACACAGGCGACGUCUAUGGACGAGCCGGUGAACUCUGCGGCGGGGGUGGAUGAGGUGGGGCCGGAGGAGGCGCGGGAGGGGAGGAGGAAUGUCGCUUGUCAGGUAGAUGACUUCCCCUGGUGGCCCGGUGUGCAGGGACCAGAAGCUUUGGCCAAGAGCUACCGGAAAUACGACGCAGCCCGCAAGAAGGAAGUGAACGAGCUCCACCGCCGCAACACGGCGCUGCGCGUGGCGGGCGCGCACAUCACGUGCGGCGCGUCGCGCGACUCGGACCGCGCGCGGGCGCUGCUGCAGGAGCGACAGCUGCUCGCCAACGAAGAAGCUGCAGUCAGGCGGUCGCUGCAGCUACUUAAAAACACCGUACUGCUUGUUAGGAACUAUUGAUUCUUUUUUUAUAUGGGCUGAAAACGAUUAUUAAACUACCAAAUCCACCCAAACCGAUGCAUCAUGGUCACAUCGAGAUCGGGAAAAUCGCCUAGCUCGAGAUCGUGGUUACCAUGGUAACGCCCCACCAACGAGGGAAUUUCCAGGGUACGUUCACCAAAAACAAUAUAGAUGGCGUUGUUCGGUUUAAACGUGAUAAUUACCUAUUUUCUCAUUACUCGGUUACAUAAUUUUUCCAA